AUGGCUAACACAAAAAAUGCAUCGAAUAUAUCCUCUACACGUGUUAAAUGGAUGUGGAAUUCCAAUGCAGAUCCAUUCUCAAAAUCAGAAUCAGCCAAUUGGUGUUAUUAUUCAGAUGUUGAAAAUCUAAUUAUUGAAGAAGAAUUUUCAGCUGGUAAAACUCAUGCUAUGUUGGAUGAUUAUCAUAUUGAUUUUAAGAAUAAUGUUCAAAUUUCUAAUAAUGAUGUUAAUAAACAACGACAAGUCAAGCGAAAAGUAUGCACCGAAAAUGAAACAAUUUUACGAGAAGAUAGAUUUCUACCUAAUCCAAUUGCUCCCGAUCGUCCUUUCGGUGAUCGCUAUGGUUUUAUUUCACCUUUUAUAAAAGAAGUAGCAAAUCAUCUGAAUAUUACAAAAGACCAAUUACCUUCGAAAAAUAAAUCAAUUGUUCCAAUGAUGGUUGAUCAAGCAGUUCUAGGUAUUAUUGACGAAGGAAAGAAAAUGGGCAAACAAACUGAAGCGGAAAAACUAGUAAAGAAUUUAAGAGAAAAGAAAGAUCAAGGAAUGAAAGAAGUUUGGCGAUGUUGUGCAUAUCUUUAUACUUUAGAAAGUUUUCUUUAUAAGAAAUUAAAUGAAGUCAUGCGAUUGAUAGGAAGUGAACAACAUGAACAAAUCUGGCGAAGUAAAAUAAGUACUUUGGGUCCAUUUUGUUUACUUCUAUGGGAUAAUCCAUUUAAUAGAAAGAUGAUCAAGCCAGACACAUUACUCUAUCGAGGAGCCAAUGUACCUGACGAAUUAAUUACAUCAUUCAAAGAAGAAUGUGAAAAAUCAUGGCAUACUUUUCAAGCAUUUACUUCGUGUUCACGUAAUCGUAAAGUCGCUGAAGGUUUUGGCAAUGUCUUAUUUAUUAUGAAAACUCUUGUUGCUUAUACUGUUGAUCUUAGUUCGCUAUCUCAAUAUCCUGAUGAAGAAGAAGAAUUAUUAUUUCCUGGUGUUUCUUUUACGAUUGAUCGAAUGGAAUUUGACGAAAAAAAGAAAAAACAUUUGAUUUAUUUAACUCUUCAACAACAACAUAACAAAUUCGACCGCCAUAAGCUUGGAAAAUCAUCGAACCCAUCAUAUGCGAAACACUUGAAGAGUGGUUUAGAUCGUUCUACUAAUCUUCGUCUUGAUCGUGAUGAUGAUAGUGCUGAUCAUGAUGGUUAUGAUGACGACUGGGAUUGA